AUGGCGGACUCGCUUACGCGUGGUUUCAACGGAACCCCGAAACCAGUGCUGCAGCUACCCUUCUAUGUAGAAACCGGAGCAUUUACAAAAGAACAGCGCUUGACUUGCACAGCUCCUGUCUGUCGUUGGGAAAAAUGGCUCACCUCCCAGCACUUUUCAAAUAUGUGGACGAAAACCAGGACCUCUACGUGAAGCGCCUUGGAGAAUGGGUCGCUGUGCAGAGUGUGUCCGCUUGGCCCGAAAAGCGCGGGGAAAUCAAGAAGAUGAUGGAGAUGGCAGCCAAAGAUAUCGAGAGGCUGGGGGGGACGGUGGAGCUGGUGGACAUCGGGAAACAAAAGCUUCCCUCUGGUGAGGAGAUCCCUCUCCCUCCCAUCAUCCUGGGCCAUUUGGGUUCGGACCCGGCCAAGAAGACGGUGUGUAUUUACGGCCACCUGGACGUGCAGCCUGCUCAGAUCGAGGACGGCUGGGACACCGAGCCGUUCACCCUGGUGGAGAAAGACGGUAAACUCUAUGGAAGAGGAUCCACUGACGACAAGGGCCCGGUGCUAGCCUGGUUUAACUGCAUCGAGGCCUACCAAAAGAUAAAGCAGGAUCUUCCCAUCAACAUCAAGUUCUGCUUCGAGGGGAUGGAGGAAUCUGGGUCUGAGGGUCUGGACGAGCUGGUGUUUUCCCGAAAAGAUUCGUUUUUCAAAGACGUGGAUUAUGUCUGCAUCUCUGACAACUACUGGCUGGGAAAGACCAAACCGUGCAUCACCUACGGCCUCAGAGGAAUCUGCUAUUUCUUUGUAGAGGUGCAGUGCGGCGAGAAAGACCUUCACUCCGGCGUCUUUGGCGGCUCGGUUCAUGAGGCCAUGACUGAUCUCAUUUCUCUCAUGGGGUCUCUGGUUGACAAGAGAGGAAAGAUUUUGAUUCCUGGGAUGUACGACAGCGUGGCUCCUCUCACAGACGAGGAGCAAAACUAGCUGCUGCAUGACAGCAAGGAGCAAAUCCUGAUGCACCGCUGGAGGUAUCCGUCUCUUUCUCUGCACGGCAUCGAGGGAGCUUUCUCUGAAGCUGGAGCCAAGACUGUCAUCCCCCGCAAGGUCAUCGGUAAAUUCUCCAUCCGCCUCGUCCCUGACAUGGACCCCAAAGUCGUGGAGAAGCAGGUGGUUGAUUACGUGCAGAAGAGGUUUGCUGAUCUGGGAAGUCCCAACAAACUAAAAGUAACGAUGGGCCACGGGGCCAAAGCCUGGGUGUCCGACUUCAACCACCCUCACUACAUGGCUGGUCGAAAGGCCAUGAAGACAGUUUUCGGGGUGGAACCGGACUUGACCCGUGAGGGCGGCAGCAUUCCCGUCACUCUGACCUUCCAGGAGGCGACAGGCCGGAACGUCAUGCUGCUUCCUGUUGGAUCCUCCGACGACGGAGCUCACUCACAAAAUGAGAAACUCAACAGAUCAAAUUACAUCCAAGGAGUCAAGAUGCUGGGGGCAUACUUCCAUGAAGUUUCACAGCUGGAAUGAACUGAUCACGUCUUAAAUGUCUUUGUCAGAGACGCAAUCCUCUUAGUAAACUUUUUACUUUUCAAAUUAAAGUACCUUCUGUAGAUUAAGACAAUAAACUCUUUUUCAUUCUUACUCUGUACUCUCCUGUUUAAUUAAAGGAUGUAUCGUUCAGAUCAAACUUGAUUGAUUUUUCUAGCAUUUUUUUUUUUUUUUUAAAGUUUCAUGAAAAUGUUGUAAUUUUUAUGUGAGAUUACAGAAUAAAUGAAAAUGAAGAUUA